UUUCUGUGGCCCCGUUUGGCGUUUUUGCUGAAACGGAGAAGAAGUGGAAACAUUUACACCUCAGAAACCCUAGAAGAGAUUUGGAGAGAGAGAGAGAGAGAGUGAGUGUCAGAAGACUCAGAAAUGUUCGAGGACCGGAUAGAAGAGUGGUGAAGAACGAACCAAUCCAAUCGGCAAUGGUAAAGAAGCGCGUACCAGAGUGGCUCAACAAUUCUCUAUGGUCUUCUAAUCCUUCAAUCGACGACGAGCGUCUCCUCCGAUACGCUUCCAAACUUUCAAUUCCCACGUCCGAACCUGCCACCGAACCACCGAUUCCUGAGCGUCCUCCCAAACCCCAACAAGAACCAGAAGAAGCGCCGAAACCGGAGAUCAAAGAUUCCGAACGGGAUGAUGAACAAAGCACUAUCUCACAUGAGGACAUCUCUCGCCAAUCUCAGCUCUUAGCCGAGCUUUCGAGGAAGGUUAUAAAUUUGCGCGAGUUGAGGAGAUUAGCAUCGCAUGGGAUACCAGCUGGGGCUGGAAUCCGCCAUACAGUGUGGAAGAUCCUACUAGGGUAUUUGCCAUGUGAUCGCAGCUUGUGGGCGACUGAGCUGACUAAAAAACGCUCUCAGUACAAGCGUUUUAAAGAGGAACUUCUGGUGAAUCCUUCAGAAAUCACAAGGAAGCUGGACAAAUCCGCUGGUCUUGAAAAUGAUGAGUCAAAAUGUGAACGGAGAGGCUUGCUUCCAAGAUCAGAAAUUCCUCAUGGAGAGCAUCCAUUGAGCCUUGGAACGACCAGUAUUUGGAAUCAAUUCUUCCAGGACACAGAAAUCAUAGAGCAAAUUGACCGGGAUGUGAAGCGGACGCAUCCAGACAUGCACUUUUUCUCAGGGGACUCUUCCAUUGCGAGAUCAAAUCAGGAUGCCUUGAAAAAUAUAUUGAUAGUAUUUGCAAAGUUGAAUCCGGGUAUUAGAUAUGUACAGGGGAUGAAUGAAGUUUUGGCACCUUUGUUCUAUGUAUUCAGGAAUGACCCAGAUGAAGAAAUUGCGGCCUCUGCAGAAGCAGACACAUUUUUUUGUUUUGUUGAGUUGUUAAGUGGAUUCCGUGACAAUUUUUGUCAGCAACUUGACAAUAGUAUUGUUGGUAUCCGUUCCACGAUUACAAGGUUAUCAAAGCUUUUGAAGGAGCAUGAUGAAGAGCUUUGGCGUCAUCUUGAGGUCACAACCAAAGUCAAUCCACAAUUCUACGCAUUUAGAUGGAUAACCCUACUGUUGACUCAAGAAUUCAAUUUCACAGAGAUUCUUCAUAUUUGGGACACACUUUUAAGUGACCCUGAGGGUCCUCAGGAAACCCUGCUCAGAAUAUGCUGUGCCAUGCUGAUUCUUGUCCGGAGGCGUUUACUUGCGGGUGAUUUCACUUCAAAUCUCAAGCUUCUUCAGCACUACCCAUCAACGAAUAUCAGUCACCUACUCUAUGUUGCUGACAAGUUGCGUGCUGUCGUAUAAUCUCUUUGACCAUUAUUGGUUUUUUUUUGUUUUUUUUU